ACGUCGAGAGAAAGCACCUUUAACCAUAGUUGCUGCUUGCGUGUCAGUUAGAAUCGAGCCGCGAAUGGAGUAAGCUCGUGCCAUACUGCGGCUCGUCCCGCUUUUAUAAAUGCUUCGUCGCGCUUUUACCGCGUUGACAUCGCUGGCAAAUUAAUGCGCAUUAUUUCAAAAAAAAAAAAAUAUAUAUAUUAAUAAUUCUAACGGGGGUGAAUUAAUCAAGAUUAUAAUUACAGUAAUGCAUCCUAUAGUCUGAUUAUCCGAAACAAAAAAAUAUAGAAGAAUCCUCUACCUGACCCUCUAGAAUGGAAAAAUGAUGCUUCAUCGUAGUACGUCAUCGCGACGUAAAAGAACGUCGCGUGCUAUCGGAAAUACAUCUCAAAAUCAAUCGACAGUUGCAGGUGGUCGCAGAGCUUCCUUGGCCACUGUACCAUCUGUGAUAACUUCCGAAGCAUCAUCUGAUUCCUUGUCAAAUUUAGUAACAAUGGAAAGACAGAGGAUGCCUCGCAGAGGCAGCACAGUGCCCAAUAUUAGUCUCGACGUUGACAACAAUACCUCACAAGACGAGGCAAUGAAUCGAAGAAUGCUACCAUUGGAUCCAGAGACAAUGAUCUCUCGGGGGAAUCCAUCCCCAGACGGAAAUCGCAGUCCACGACAUUCCUUAAUACCAGAAGACUACAAUCGAAGUCCCCGAAAUUCCUUGGUACCAAACGAUCCAAUGCGAAGUCCACGCAACAGUCUUGUGCCCGACAUAAGUCGUUCGCGUAACAGUUUAAUACCCGAAGUGACGCGCAGUCCAAGGCAUUCAUUAGUUCCUGAAUCGGCAUUGAGUCCAAGAAAUUCAUUGGUACCGUCCGAUAUUGGCUACAAUAGAAGUCCCCGCAACAGUCUUGUGCCUCAGAGUUCAUCGAGAACUUUAUUAAGUGAUAAUGGCCUAAAUGGGGGACCAAUUAAUCGAAGUCCAAGACAUUCAUUGGUGCCGGAGCCAUUGAGAAGUCCGCGUGGCAGUGUGGCGAAUAUUGAUUUCGAUCGUAGUCCAAGGGGUUCGAUUUGUCCCGAUAUAUCAAAUAUAUCGCGAAUGCAAUCGAGAGGCAGUGUCGCGAUUCCCAUUGAAAUGGACCGCAGUCCACGUGGAUCAAUCAGCUCCGAGUGUCACAAUCAAAGUCCAAGGGGAUCGAUAGUGCCCGAUACAAAUCGUUCACCGCGCGGAUCAAUUGUUCCCGAUUCGAAUCGAUCACCAAGGGGAUCGAUUGAUAUUAGCCGAUCGCCGAGGGGUUCAAUUUGUCCGGACAGUAAUCGAUCGCCGAGGGGAAGUAUUGGAAUGUCCGCUGAGGCUGAGAGAAUUGGCGGCGGUGGACCUGAUCCGGAGCGAAGUCCCCGGGGAAGUAUUGACAGGGGAGGUGGCGGACAGGAAAGAAGAGCACUUCCGAGAACGGGAUUUAAUCCUCAGGACGGCAGGAGAACUUCCGUUGAUCAAGGUACGACAAAAAAUCGCAGUGGUUCGCCGUAUCGUCAAAAGGAGACAAAUUCCGGAAGUAUAAGAUCCGGCGGAAGUGGAACAGCUCAAGUGAACCUCGGUUAUGGAACAAAUGCAUGGGCUGAUUCUAGAAGAGCCAGCAGUUCAGUUUCUCAGAUUUCAGGCGAUGAAUCGCGAAGAUUGUGUGUAACGGGAAGUGCUGAUUUGACGAAAAAAGGUAGUACAAGUGCAGCACCAUUGGGAGUUGCUGCUUAUGGAUCUUUGGUUUUUCAACUCAAAGAUGCUAAUUUGGAGGCCAAUGGAACGUGUGAUUUUAUUUGUAGAGCUUUGAGAGUUGUCAGCAAAACAAUGGUUGUUACCGUUUGUUUGGCUUGUUUAUCGACAAUGCCGAUUCUAAUGCUGAUUCUCGGAGUUCAAUUCAUCAGGGAUUGUCCAAGGGAGCCUAAUAUUCCAAUUUAUAUGGUCGUUGGAGGGAUUUUGGGUAGUGUUCGUAUGUUUUGGACACUAUACACACAAAUUCGUUCAAGGAGACCGGAAGUUUUAACAGUUCCUGGGGUCAGAUCUCAUGUGUCACCCACAAAACUGGCCUCCAUUCUUCUUUCGUGCUUCCUUGCUGGUUGGUUCGUUUUAGGAAAUUAUUGGAUCCUUCGCAUACGAAUGCCCGAUUUUGCGCCCACAUUCUAUGAGCCGAAUUUAUGGUGCCACAAGACCCUCUACAUUUUCUCCAUAGUGCAUCUUUUUGUCGUGUACACAGUUAUCUCAGCGAGUCUUUUAACAGCCCUGGGUCUCACUGUUUGCAGAAUUUUAUCCUGUCCAUGGCCCGAAAGGUAUAAAUAACCACGGCAUUCAAUCAGGCUGAGAGAGGUUCGUGAAAAAAAAUCGUCAACUGCAAGUCGACAUCAGGAAAAAUCGUUUGAUGGUAAAAUCUUGGAGGAACUCACCGAGGAGGAUGAGGAUGAUGAAAAUAGUGACAAAAAAUCAGGAGGUAACGAGAUCGUUCAGGAAGUCAAGUAUUGCAGUAAAGUGCAAUUUCGAGCGCCGGAUAUCAUUGAAUUAUAAAAGAAAAAAAAAAGAGAGAGAGAAGAAAAUGAAAAGAGAAAAGAAUAGAUGAAAGAAAAAAAAAACAAUAUAUAACCGUUUGGACAAUAAUCCAAUGUUUUUGCCAACGAGAAAUUCGAUUUGCCCCGACGGGAGAAAAUGGUCUCACUACUAUACGGAUAAAGAUCAUUUUUCAGUGAAACAGCCAAUAGUGGAAAAUGUCUGAGAAAAAGGAAAUAUCACUCCUUAAAAAUAGAAUUCGACUUUAUACAUAAAUAUACAGAAAACACAAACGUAAAAAAACAUACACACAAUACAAACAAAAAACAAACACAUAUAAACAAACAAAUACACAAAAGAAGUCAAAUGAAGAAAAAUCUCGUCACUUCCAGAAUGCAGUUGUUUUAUAUAUAUAGAGAGAAAAAGUCACUUAAAUUUCACGAACCAAUGGAAAAAAAAUAUAUAUAUAUAUAAAGAGCAGUGUGAUGUGAUUAUUUACAGUGCUGUGCAAAAAAUAUGAAGAAACUAUUCUUCCGUCCACAGCCAAUAAUAUAUAAAAUACCAACAAAAGAGAAAAAAUAGAUUUUACUUCAAGUUGAAAAAAUUCUUUCGAAUUAUAAUUUUAUAAAAAGUUUAUAUUUAUUAUAAUUAUGAAAAAUUAUAAUUAUAUGAAAUUAUGUUCCUAUAAAGGUUCUGAACGUACAAACAAUGGAAAAUUAAUUUCUCUUUAAAAUUGGAAUUUUAUUUUUACAUUUC